UGGUAUCAUUUGAAGUGAAGAACAGAGCGUGUUUUGUGUUUCGUGUUUAUUGUUGUUUAAUUAAGUAAAAAUGGUUAAAUGUUUUCCCCCAUAUAUUUAAGGAACAUCGUGGUAUUUCCAUAGUAAGUUCAUGAUGGCUAUACCACCUUUCCCACCUCAAGAUUUGGCAAAAUUGGUCCUAGGAUAUCUUGCUGAAGAGGAAUUAAUGACAGCAUAUGAUGAAUUUCUUCAAGCCAGUCCAUAUUUAGACGCGUUUCGAAAUGAAUAUGACAGAAUAUUUAUGACAUCGCUCAGAACUAUUUUGGCUGAUUAUAGGGCAGUUAAAAUACAUGUGGAAACAUGUAAGCCACAUUUGUUGCGCAAAAAGUUACUUCAAUGUACAAAUAUAUUUGAAAUAGUUAAAUUCCUUAUCAGCCUCAUAGACCACCAUAAAUUACUUGCAGAAGAUCAUAGUGAAAAAUUCAGUUUGCAGAAAUCAAGUCUGCCAAAGGGAAUUACUUGCGAAGUAUGUAAUCCAUUAAAUCUGAAAACAUGUGUUUGUAAUAGCAAAAUAUCAACUACAACUCUACCACAGUUGAUUAAUGAAGAAAAUUCCACAUAUAACAACUCUGUAGAGGCGACAUCUUUGCAAGAUUUACCUGGAAAUUCAAAAUGUAACUUAAAACCUGAAUUAGGAAUGAGAAAUAGUAUAUGUUUAAGCACUGAUCAGAAAGAAGGCCAGAAUAAAAAACAGGAUAAUAACAGUUUGAGUAGCACUUCUAUCAAACAAGUUGCUUAUGAUUUAAGUUCCAUUAAUCAUAAUCCUUUACCUGUUAACCAAAUACCACAAGUGACAAAAGCAAGUUGUAUGGAUUCAAAGCAAAAGAUUGAAGAAUUUAACAACAUUUUGAAUGUUGUGUGUAACAAGAGUGUUACCAAUGAAAAGUUAUAUGAUAAUAUAAUAUCAAAUAGAAUUUCAAAUGAAGAAAACUUUCAAAAUUUUGCAAAUGGUGUUUUUGGACAUCAUGAAAAAGUUACAAAGGUACCUGAUUCAAGUACAACAGAUGUAGUCAUGCCCAUUGCCACCCAAACUGCCAAAGAAAAUUUAAUAAGUAAUAUUAAAGGUCCACCAAAACAAACAGAUAUCCAGACAAGUAAUAAUCUAGCUAGUCCCACAAUACAGUACGAAAAUAUAACAGGAGACAAAAUGCGAGUACAUUUUCCGCCUAAUAAAAUUAUAGGCAACAAAAUAAGAAUAUUGUCAGAUGUGAAAAUAGAUAAACAAUGCAAUGUUAUGCCAAUUUUGAAGGCAAAUGUUACGUCUACAACAUCUCAAACAGGGCGUACUUUAUUGAUAAAUGGGCCACCGAGCCUUCGACAAAAAGGUUCUAACUUCUCUAAGGAUGAAAUAAUGGCAAUGCCCACAUUGAUCAUUGUGCCUACUUCAGGACCAUAUAAUAUUAUAAGCAAGCCAGUUACAUCGACUGCAAAUAAUUUGCAUAAUAGUAAUGAUUCAAAGAAUAAAACUGUACCAACAAGUGAAGCUUCUGCAGUUUCUCCUAAACGCAGACCAAUCUAUAUUGAAGUGCCUUCGGACAAUACAUCAGUUCUAAAUGAUCAAAAAUCUACUAAGAUGAAUGAUGGAGGUCUUGUAAAAACUGUCGAUGCUGUGAGUCAUGCUUCUUUACCAAAGGAUAAUACAGCUCCCAGUAAGUCGAGCACUCCUCAAGCUUUACCACCGUUAAGGAAAUCUUCGUCUACACCACGACGUUCCUCACAUGUACGUGUUUUAGAUUUCACUACUCCAAGAAGAAUAUUAAAUGAAGCAAUACCUGAAAAGGAAGCGAGCGAUGACUCAGUUGUUGUUUUAAGUGAUUCACCUGUUCGUCCUACAGUGAAUAUGGUAUCAGAUACAUAUGUUCCUAAAAAUGAUAAUCUAAAUGUAAAUAGUAAUUCUGAAAUAAAUAUAGAGCAGAAAGUAAUUAAGAAACGUAAUUGGGAUGAAGAAUUGCGAGCGCUUGUGGCUUCUACUGCUAACACUUACCCAAUCAGUGUUCCAAAAUCCAGUAAGAAAAAGAAAAAGGUUGAUGAUAAGUCCCUAAAAGAUAAUACCAAUCAACUUUGUAGUAACAGCAAAACAGAAGCCACAAAAGUUAAAAAAUGCAAAAAGAAAACUAAGUCUUCAGAGGAUGCUGAAGAACCUACAACAAGUGAUCUAAAGGUAGACAAGAAAAUCAAACCAACCAUUAAUAUAAUAUCUGCUUCAAAACAUCCUAAUAUAAGUGAACCUGAAAAUGAAGACAAACUGAAGUUAAAUGAUAUAGAAAACCAAAUAGAUACACCAGAAAAUGAAAGAUUGUCUUUACAAAAUGUUAUUGGCGCCAAACUAAAUAUAUCAGAUUUGCUAGAAACACCUUACAAACAGGCAAUAUAUGAUAUACAAAUGGAAACACCUAAAUUUCUAGGUCCGGAUUUACCAGAUGAGCCAGUAUCAGAUAUAAAAAUCAUGAAUAUACCAACACCUCGAUUUUUUGAUACACCAAACCCUACGCAAGCCACACCGUCGUCCUACUCUUCUCGGCCCACUGAUUAUUCUAGUGGUGGGUCUUAUUACAAACCUGAUGACCAAGAUUAUGUUCCCAUUCCAGAAGUUGCCGCGUGCAAGAUUACAGAAGCAAAGUCUAAAAAUAAGGUUUCUAAACUCAGUGACAAUCAAAAAGUGUCACCUAAUGACACCGAUGUCAAAUCUGCAAAAUCAAGACGGCCCGUUCGAAAAUGUACCAAAAAUGUGUCUUAUUAUAAUACUUCCAAUGUAAAAGAAGAAAAGAAAGAAGAAGAAGAUGAGAAGAAGACAAAUAAAUAUAAUGUAAUACGGGAGAAAGAUGCCACAAUGGUUAAAACUAAAACUGUAAAAUCUAAACAAACGAAGACUAAUCUUGAGAAGCACAAGUCACCAUUUAAGAAAGAUACUCCUAAAAAUUUCAUGAAAAUUAAGCCGAGGCGUGUUACCCCAAUUAAAAGUACUAAAAAUAGAAAAAAAUCGUCGGAACUAUCAAUAUCCGCCAGGAAAAUCGUUAAUCUUAAAGAAAACAAUCAUAAUGCUUCACCUACCCUAGCAGGUGUCCCUACAAAAUCGCGAAGGAAGUCUUCAACACCCAGAAAACUUCACUGUAAUAAAACAUUUCACUCAUCUACAUCAAGUAAUACAUCUCCUGAUUUGCCGGCAGAGCAGGAAACUGGAAGUAAAAAUGUUAAAAUUUGUGUCACACAUGAUUCAGAUAGUGAGCAACAAAUUCUGCGAUGGUCUGAUGACGGAUCCCAAGACUUUAAACAAAAAUCCGCUCACGAAGGUUCUGUUACAGAAGGCGAAGAUAUUAUAACGAAAAUUCAGGAAUACAUAGAAAAAAUUGAAACUAACAAAAGUACUAAUAUGGACAUUGCUAACCGACCUUUAGGAAGUUUGCAAUGCGAUUUAGUUAAAAGAGGAUUUGACUUGGAAACUGCCAAAAUAAUAGAGCGAGAUUUAUUAGAUACACCACCAAUACAGGAUGGUGUUGUUCAGUCUACAAGUAAUGAUACAGCUGAAGUAAACACAAACGAAAAAGAAAUUGUAAAAGAUUCGGAAAAAAUUGAAGAAAAUGUUAAAGAUGUAAUGCUGAAACCCGAAAUACAGAAAGAUGAGGUGGAACACGAUGAUGAUAUGGACGAAAAUGGUGAUAUUGAUUUUGAUAUAAAAGAAACCGACGAAAAUACUGAUAAUUAUUUUACAUACAUCUUCGAUGAAACGAAGUAUAACGCAAAUUCAGAUAUAGCUAAAUUGAAAGACAAAUUUUCCAUGGAAGUAUGUAUAGAUGACGGAGUAUCCAUUCGUCUGAGGGCUACACAAUUCAGUGUUUUGUUAGAUCAAGAUCCAGUAGAGGAUAAGGGAAUAGACGCGAAAGAAUUGGAAUCGGCAGUUACCUCAAUAUCUAAUAUAGAAAAGUUGUACACGCCAAUCAAGCAUUCCAGAGAGAGAUGUUACGAAAUAUUUGAUUCUACAUUGACUAGUUUGGAUACACCGCUAAAACCGUCUAGUCCUAAAUUACACAAUGAAAAUUCAGUUACUGAGAUUGUUUUAGAAGUUGAAAAUAUCAGUAGUAAAGCAGAUGUUAAGAAGAGGAAAAGAGUGCAGAGUUUAGCUUCUGAUGAAGGGUCUAAUGUGAAACGUACAAAAGCGGACAGUCAAUAUUUAAUAAACCCGGCCAGCAUACAGAACAUUGAUAUAGAAUCCGUAUUGAGCAAAUUGCAUGGACCAUAGACAAUUGUGUUUUAGUCAAGUUUUAUGACUUUGGUUAUAAAUGUGUAAUAAUUUAGUGAGUUGAUCUGACAAUUUAUUAUACAAGUUAAAAUGUUAUUGAAUAUGAAAUGUUAAUUCGAUUAAAGUUAUAUGUUUACCAGAAUUGUGCUAGACACAAGAAAAUAUUAUGUAAAUUGUGUACAUUAAUAAAGAUUUAAAUUUUACACA